UAAGGCUUGUGGUCAUACUGGUAUCUCCACACUUCUUCCCCAAUAUAAAUACAAAAAAAAAGGAGAAAAAUUGAGAGAGAGAGAUCACUUGAAGUCUUGGAAACCAGCAACCAAAAUUGAUGCUUGGGGAGCAUCCAUUGGAGUGGGUCCAAAGCAAGAAUCUUUUCUUUGGCAAAGUGAUCUGAAUCUGAUCGGUGAUCAGCUGCUGUGUUGUUAACUUUGUUAUAUAGAUCUUUGGUUGGGUUUUUGACAAGAUGGAGAAGGGAGGUGUCGGCAUGGAUGCAGCAAGCCUCCAGGACAUGUGGGACUGGGAGGUCCUGCCUGACCACAUGAGCUCCUCGAUCUCCUCCCAUGGCGGCGGCCAUGGCCGGACCACUCUUGGUGAUCAAGAAACGGAGGGAUCGAGUCUGCCUCCAUCGGAGGAGGACGCCGGCGCCGGCGCCGACAUGGCCGUCGACGAGUGCAAGGACAUCGGCGUCGACGUGGCGGCGGACACCAAGACGGGGCCAGAGGCAGAGGAGCCCCCCAUGGCGGCCAAGGCAGCCCAGCUGCCGGCCUCCGACGGAGCGGAGGAGGAGGAGGCGUUCCAGAGCUCCGACGACGCCACCAAGGUGAUCGACGACGACGACGCCGGCGGCGAAGAGGACAAGAAAGGGGGCAGGGGAAGGGCGCGGCCGGAGUGCGUGGUGUUCAGCGUGGGGAAGCUGCGGGUGAACGGCAUCGGGGCGCUCUGCUCGUUCGGCGUCGCCGCCGCCACCGUCUGCAUCUUCCUCGUCGGCGGCAGGCUGCAGCACCACCACCGGCAGCAGCAGCAGAAGAUCCAGCUGCAGCUCUAUGGCGAUGACAAGAGAAUGCAGCAGGUUGUGCAGCAGACAUCAAGGCUGAACCAGGCAAUGUCAUCUGUGAUGGGAGGAGGUGGAUCAACUAGGGCAAACAUAUCAUUUGGUGGCUACUAUGAAGGCUUUUGAUCAACCAAUUCAUCAUUAAGAAUAUGUAGUAUGAUCAAGUACAAUUAAGUUGCCAUUCUAGCAAGUAGCAACUUACAUAUUGCACCCUAUCACCUUAGUUGUGUGUACCAUAUAUACACUGGAUGUAAAUAAUUGGGUUCUUGGGACCUUGGCACAUGUAGAUGAUGAGGAUGGAGCUAAUUAUAGAUUAUUACUAAGUUGAUAGUUAAGGAAAAUAACAACUGUUUGACUUGUGCUUUAAGUCAAAACCAAAAGAGGUUGAAUUAUGGGGAAGCUACCAUAC